AUGUUUAUUGGUGGACUCAAUUGGGAAACCACAGACCAAUCCCUACGAGACUAUUUCGAGCAGUUUGGCGAAGUGGUUGAGUGCACUGUUAUGAGGGACAGCAGCACCGGACGGUCCCGAGGAUUCGGUUUCCUCACUUUCAAGGAUGCCAAGACAGUCAACAUCGUCAUGGUUAAGGAGCAUUUCCUUGAUGGCAAAAUUAUUGAUCCCAAGCGUGCAAUUCCCCGGGAUGAACAAGAAAAGACAAGCAAGAUCUUUGUUGGAGGUGUCAGCCAGGAGACCACCGACCAAGAGUUUAAGGAGUAUUUUGCCCAGUUCGGCCGCGUCGUGGAUGCGACCCUCAUGAUGGACAAAGACACUGGCCGGCCACGAGGCUUUGGUUUUGUUACGUUUGAGAACGAAGCAGGUGUCGAUGCCUGCAUCAACGUGCCACUAGAGAUCCACGGCAAGCCUAUUGAGGUCAAGAAGGCCCAACCUCGAGGCAACCUUCGAGAAGAAGAGGAGGCUUCACGACGCGGCAAGUUCAGAAAGGAAGGAGACCAGGCGAGUCAGGGCGGCUCUAUGGGCCAACAGAUGGGCAACAAUGGCAUGACACCUCAAGUCAUGGCCCAAUACUUCCAGCGCAUGCAGCAAUACUUUGCCGUGAUGCAAUCGCAGAUGGCAAUGAGCCGAGGAAUGCCCAUGAACCCAGCCAUGUGGCAGAACAUGAUGCAGAUGCAACAGAUGCAGCAGCAGAUGAUGGGUCGCGGAGGCGGUGGUGCCAAUGCUCAGAACAUGAUGCAAAAUAUGAACCCUCAGAUGAUGCAGCAAAUGCAACAAAUGCAGCAGCAGAUGAUGCAGCAACAAGGUCAACAGGGCGGCCAAGACGCCGGUUCCGGCAGUGCUAGUCCCACAGCCUCUGCCAGCGGCGGCGGUGGUGGUCGAGGAUACGACAACAACAAUAAUAACUACAACCAGUACCAGCAACACCAGCCUCAGGGAGGUCGUCGUGGGGGUCGCGGAGGUUACGGCGGUCAUGGAGGGCACGGAGGGCACGGAGGUUAUGGCAUGGGAGCCGGAGCUGGAGGCAGCGGCGGAGCUCCCACCUCAUGGGAGGGGAUGUAUGACGACGUCCCUCAGCCAAAUCCCGGUUCUGGCGGCUUCAACCGCGCUGGAAGUGCCACAGGAAGUUCUGAUCCUCAACACGCACCCCCGGCCAACGCCCCUACUGGGCCCAAGAACGCUGGUAAGCCAGGAGCAAACUACCGUGGCGGAGGACGAGGCGGAAGCCGUGGAUUUCACCCUUACUCACGAUAA